UUGGGGGCGUGGCCACGGUGGGUGAAGAUGGCCGGUGCGAGUGGUAAUGUAGCCCAGAAAACCUGGGAACUGGCGAACAACAUGCAGGAAGUGCAGAGUAUCGAUGAAAUUUACAAAUACGACAAAAAGCAGCAACAAGAGAUCCUUGCAGCCAAACCCUGGACUAAAGACCAUCAUUACUUCAAGUAUUGUAAAAUCUCUGCCCUCGCACUUUUGAAGAUGGUGAUGCAUGCCAGGUCAGGUGGAAACUUGGAAGUGAUGGGCUUAAUGCUAGGUAAAGUGGAUGGAGAGACAAUGAUCAUAAUGGACAGUUUUGCUCUCCCUGUGGAAGGAACAGAAACAAGAGUCAAUGCUCAGGCUGCUGCUUAUGAAUAUAUGGCUGCUUAUAUAGAAAAUGCUAAACAGGUAGGACGUCUUGAAAAUGCAAUUGGUUGGUAUCACAGUCAUCCAGGUUAUGGAUGUUGGCUUUCAGGAAUUGAUGUUAGCACACAGAUGUUAAAUCAACAGUUCCAGGAACCAUUUGUAGCUGUGGUGAUUGACCCUACAAGAACGAUAUCGGCUGGAAAAGUGAACCUAGGUGCUUUUAGGACAUAUCCAAAGGGUUAUAAACCACCUGAUGAAGGUCCUUCAGAGUAUCAAACUAUUCCACUUAACAAAAUAGAGGAUUUUGGUGUACACUGCAAACAGUAUUAUGCUCUUGAAGUUACGUAUUUUAAAUCAUCACUGGAUCGUAAACUACUUGAACUUCUGUGGAACAAAUAUUGGGUGAACACGCUCAGUUCUUCAAGUCUACUCACAAAUGCUGAUUACACCACAGGACAAGUUUUUGACUUAUCUGAAAAGUUGGAACAGUCAGAAGCCCAGCUCGGUAGAGGUAGUUUUAUGCUUGGUUUGGACACUCAUGACAGAAAAUCUGAGGACAAGUUGGCCAAAGCUACUCGGGAUAGCUGCAAGACUACCAUAGAAGCCAUACAUGGUUUGAUGUCUCAAGUAAUUAAGGACAAACUUUUUAAUCAGAUCAAUAUACCUUCUGCAUAAAGUACUGAAACCCAUCAAAGGAAGCUUCAGUGGAAUGUUCUUGUAAUGCUUAAAGAUACUCCAAAUUCUUUAAAUAGACAGAAUCUAUAAUUGGUUCUCCAAGACACUGGAGACCUAAUGUAUUACUUUACAAACCAUAGGCUGUUUUCUUAGCUUUCAUUAGCCUGACUAGUAAUUUUAACAAAUAUUGUCAAAAUUUUGUAAAAUGGCAGGUGUUAAACCACCUCAAUUUGUUAUGGCAAAAUCCAGUAUAGUCCAAAAUAGGGCGGGUGGGUGCGAUUGGAAUAUAUUGAUGGAGUUUCUCUAAGACAAAUGAAGUGUGUUAUUCAUGUUAUUAAAUGAUACUAAUAUUACCAGAGAUUGCACUUUCAUUUUGUUUUUUAUUUUAAUUACUUCAAAGUUCUUAGUGCUGAAACAUAUGCUGUUUUACAAUUCACUCACUGAAAUCUUCACACCACCUUGAUGUUGAGUUAAUUAAUGAUACUUUUACUGUUUCCGUAGGCCUGUGUUCUCUUUCUAAGAGUAGUAUCCCAGACGCAUACUAUAUUUAGCAUUUGCAAGUUCCUUCCAGACAGCUCAUUUGUUUUUGGGUAAUAUCAGUACAAACAAAUUUGACUCCUAGGCUGGUUUGUUACUGAGUUUCUCAUUGCAGUCUGAAGUACACUGAUUGAAAAGAUGGUGGAAAUCGAUUUCAACAUACUUUUCAAAUGAGAAUUGAAUAAAUGAUUGAAAAUGAAAGUUUGCUGAGUUAAGGAUAGAGAUCCAGGGAACAGGUCCAAUCAUCCCAGAUCUCUCUAAGACCAAUCACAUAGACAUUAAAGGCUUAUCUGUUUCCUGUUGCUACGUUUUCUAUUCCCUAUAGGCAACCUACAGGUGAGGCAUCAACGUGAGUUAAUUGGAUCAAAGUGAUUUCACAUUCCUUAAUUUUUUUUAAAAAUUAGUCACCUCUAACAAAAUAAGUUAUUUUAUUCCCUCCCUCUGGAAAAAGAGUUUGAGAGAAAUGGUGAAGAAAACAAUUAGGUGAAAUUAUCUCUGAAACAGGAAAGGCAUUAUUUAGCCUAAAACAGUUUUCCUGUUUGCAUUGCAAAACAAUUAUAUUAAAGCAGAAUAUAAAUUUUUGGUUCAAUCGUCCUUAUGCGUUAGUCUGUACAUAAAGAUAAAGAUCUUAAAAGAUUAGCUUUAUUUGUAUAUAGUAUGUACUUUGAAACAUAUGACCACUCCCCGCUGAAUAGUGAUGGCUCCUCGGUCGAGAUCGUAAGAGCACCAAAUUUCUUGGUGUUCACUUGGCGGAGAAUCUCACCUGCUCCCUCAGCACCAGCUCCAUAGUAAAGAACGCCCAGCAGCGUCUCUACUUUCUCCGAGGGCUGAGGAAAGUCUAUCUCCCACCUCCAAUCCUCAUCACAUUCUGGAGGGGUUUGUAUUGAGAGCAUCCUGACCAGCUGCAUCACUGCCUGGUUCAGAAAUUGCACCAUCUUGGAUCACAAGGCCCUGCAGCGGAUAGUGAGGUCAGCUGAGAAGAUCAUUGGAAUCUCUCUUCCCACCAUUACGGACAUCUACACUAUACACUGCAUCCGCAAAGCAAACAGCAUUAUGAAGGACCCCACGCACCCCUCAUACAAACUCUUCUACCUCCUGCCGUCUGAGAAAAGGCACCAAAGCAUUUGGGCUCUCACGACCAGACUAUGUAACAGUUUCUUCCCCCAAGCUAUCAGACACCUCAAUACCCAGAGCCUGGACUGACACCUUACUGCCCUAUUGUCUUGUUUAUUAUUUAUUGUAAUGCCUAUACUGUUUUGUGCACUUUAUGCAGUCCUGGGUAGGUCCAUAGUCUAGUGUAGUUUUUUUUACGUAGUUCAGUCUAGUUUUGUACUGUGUCAUGUAACACCAUGGUCCUGAAAAACGUUGUCUCGUUUUCACUAUGUACUGUACCAGCAGUUAUGGUCGAAAUGACAAUAAAAAGUGACUUGACUACAGUGAAAAGCACUGUUUGCAUCAAUGACCAACAAUCAGUCAGAGAAUUGUGCUGGGGGCAGCCCACAAGUGUCGCCAACAUAACAUGCCCACAUUUACAAAACCUAACCCCCAUGUCUUUACAAAGUGGGAAGAAACUGGAACAGCUGGAAAACCUGUGCAGUCACAGAGAACGUACAGACUUCUUACAGACUGAAGUGAAAAUUGAACCCAGAUUGGUGAUCGCUGACGCUGAAAAUUGUUCUGCUAAUUGCUAUGCUACUGUGUCAUCCUUAAUGUACUAAUGUACAUUUUAUUUCAUUCUAUCCCAUUUAAACCACCUUGGAACUACCAAGUGUAUUUUCAAUUAGUCAAUGUUUACUUCAUUUCCUUUAGAAAAAGGUUAGUACUUGUAGAACACUAACAUCAUGAAUGCUAAAUGUUAUUUUUAGAAAGUUAAAUGGAUGUAGCAAAAUUACCACGGUGGUAACUGAGAUUAAUGAUGUAGAUGGCUUGCUUCACUUUUAAUAAUAUAGUGACCUUAGUGCUUAAAUUACAAAACUGAUUCACAGUAGUUUCAAGGUCUUAUGUAAACUUUUCUUUCCUUUAGAUGUAAAAACAUGUUUCAACAAGCACAUUAAACGAUUGACAGAAUCUG